CUAUAGUAGACUACCUAACCCAUCCGCAAGCUCUCGCUCUGUGGUGCUGCGAGUUCAAUGGUCAGUGAGACGCACACUGCUCGCACAAACCAGAACGUCCCACAUACUCGCGCGACAUCAACAACAAUGGUUAACCAUAGUGUGUUUUGGUAGGAGAUUGGAGCUAGACAAGCUUAGUGGCUGUUUUCACGUCUUAUUUCCUAUUUUGUAUUUGCGAGCUUUAGUUCAGACAGCAGUGAUCGUCUAUUGCCAUUUUUUAAUUUUUUUUAUAUUUCGAAAAUGUGCGAGGCGCUGUUGGCCAGCUCACACAGUCUGUGCAUGUGUGUCCCUGCUGCUUUUCUGCUGGGCUACGGCUACUAACCUAGCUGCUUUUCACUCGGUGGUUAGCUAACGUUAGCCUGGCCGCAUUUAUUGACUAGUGGGGCAAAACACAAGCGAACGUAAAGCGUGUUUGUGUGAUCUGUUUUAUGACACCGGCCCUUAACUAUUUUCUAGUCGUCGCUAUCGGGUACGGUAAGAAUUGUUGUAUGGUUGGUCGUAGAAAAUACUUUGCUGGCUAGCUAACAGGCUAGCUAUUUGUGUGUAUUCGACUGAAGAAAACGAGUCGAGUUUUCUUUGAAAGUAUGGAUGACCAGACCAGGAUGCUGACGGGUCUCACAGGACUCGCUGGACUUGCACAAGCCGAUGUCGGUGAUCCAGACUCGGUUAGAAAACAGCAGUCCCUCGGCCAACCUCAACAAGACAUAGGGGAUAUCCUACAGCAAAUAAUGGCCAUCACCGACGAAAGCCUGGACGAAGCACAGGCCAGAUGCUGGCCAGAGGAAUCGCCGGCGCAUUGGGGUGGAUCAGACGACCCCACAGAGGGAGGGAGAGCAGGGGGGGGCAUGGCAGGGGGUGGCCUGCCACUCAACUUCCAGCACAGGAAGCAUGCCCUGAACUGUCACAGAAUGAAGCCAGCCCUCUUCAGCGUUCUCUGUGAGAUCAAAGAGAAGACGGUGCUGAGUAUACGAGGCGUGCAGGAGGAGGACCCCCCAGAUCCCCAGAUCAUGCGGUUGGACAACAUGCUGCUAGCAGAGGGCGUGUCAGGUCCAGAGAAGGGAGGAGGAUCGGCCGCGGCGGCUGCAGCUGCAGCGGCAGCAGGGGGCUCACCCACCGACAGCAGCAUCGAACACUCCGACUACAGAGCCAAGCUCGCCCAGAUCCGCCAGAUCUAUCACUCUGAGCUGGAGAAAUACGAGCAGGCCUGCAGUGAGUUCACCAACCAUGUAAUGAACCUGCUGAGGGAGCAGUCUCGCACACGGCCCAUCUCUCCCAAGGAGAUUGAGCGCAUGGUGGCCAUCAUCCACCGCAAGUUCAGCUCCAUCCAGAUGCAGCUCAAACAGAGCACCUGCGAGGCCGUCAUGAUCCUGCGCUCACGCUUCCUUGACGCCAGACGUAAGCGGCGCAACUUCAACAAGCAAGCCACAGAGGUGCUGAACGAGUAUUUCUACUCCCACCUCUCCAACCCUUACCCAAGCGAGGAGGCUAAGGAGGAACUGGCCAAAAAGUGUGGGAUCACUGUGUCUCAGGUCUCUAAUUGGUUUGGCAACAAGAGAAUACGCUACAAGAAAAACAUCGGUAAGUUCCAGGAGGAAGCAAACCUCUACGCGGUGAAGACGGCGGUGGAUGCUGCCAAUGUGUCUGCGCAGGCUAGCCAGGCUAACUCUCCAGCAACCCCCAACUCAGGUGGAUACCCUGCACCGUGCUACACACCUGACGGGCGGCUAUGAGGAGCUGUCAGGUAGUGGCCUCUACACCCCUCACCGCCUGGAUGCUAACAGCUGGCAGGACACCACCAACCCCCCCUCGGUCACCUCUCCUCCCGGUCCUCCUGGCAGCGUCCACUCCGACACCUCCAACUGAUUCUGUGGCUCUCCCUGCCAUCACUUCAUUCCCUCUGCGGCCCGCUCCGACUCCCAUCCUCCGUCUUCAUUUUUCACCGCUCCCUCGUCCCUCAAUUGGACAGCCACACAAGGCUGUGUUUGCAUUUCAUAAACACACACACUGUGCUGGAACACAGGACAGCCGAACAGUAGUUAGGAGGAGUUCUCCCUCCACCCCACAGCUCCACUUCAAUGCUAGAAGCUCCCUAACUCCAGAUAAAAGAGGGAUGGAGCUCACCGAUGCCGAGACAGAUAACAUCUUUACUAUCACAGACUUUUUGAAAACCACUGACCCAGCUGUGUAGAGGAUCAUGAUGUCUGUACAUUAUGUGUAUAUGCACGUUAACUUCACACAGUACCCACACAGCUUGUCCAUGUGCUGUUGACCUCUGCACUCAACCCUUUGCUUUGGAAAGCUGUGUGUGAUGGCUUGUAUCUCUUGAAGCCUUGGCGUUUGACAGCCAAACUGUUGAUGCAGAUCACCAGGGAGCUCGGCUCACCUCGCUCGUACCAAAGUGCUGCCCCAGUAGUUGUCAACACAUCUGUUCCUCCGAGAUCACCCUCUGCCAACUCAACACAAGACACUGUUCUAUCUUCCAGUCCUGACAGCUUGAUGCUUCAUUCUGUUGGAGAUUUAAACAAAGUGAAUAAUUGAGAUAUGCACAAGUGUGCAUGCCCUUUCCGAAACAUUUUCAGUGAGCUGACAUAAACGAUGUGUCGAGCACAAACGUUGGCCUCUUUGUUAUGGGUGUCUCUGCCUGUAGGUGGGGUAGCUAAGGGGUUCGCUGAUCUAAAGCCGGCAGUGCAGGUGAUGAUAGGGCUGGUGAGAACAGGAGGAAUGGGCAGAGGAGAAUACCUUUGGUUGAGUGGAUGUAACUAAUAGCCCUUUUUGUUGCUAACCAAUAGAGGGUGUUGGUAGAUGGCUUGUAGACUUUACUUCUUGCUUUCUGUCCACUAGUUUAUUUGAUUGUAGGCUAUUUUCUAAUGCUGUUUCACCAAGAAUGCACCAGCCGCCACCAAAAAUGAGCUCAAUAAAGCAUCUAAGUGACGUGAGGAGAAGGGUGGAAACGAUUGUGGGGCAUUGAUGUGUUAUUGGGACAAACGUGACAUGACUUUAGAAACGUGACUGUCUUCCAUGCAUGUAGGACUCCUAGGCGUGUUAUUAUUGUUUUCAUUUAACCUUCCAAGUUUAUAGCUUCGUUUUUAUUAACAAAAAAAUAAUAAAGGGUAUAAUUAUUACAGUCAGACCAAAAAGGAAAAAGUGCAUCAUAUAUUGCUAUGAUGUGUGUGUCUCUGUGUGGGCGUGUGUACAGUGUUCUUGGGAUGUCUUAGUCACACUGGCUGGUGCCCUCUGACCUUUGUAAGCAUUGUAGAGACUGGGUGCUUCCACCAGCCAAUGACACUCCAGGUGGGGGUCGACUGAGAUCUCCUCCCCAUCUGAAACAUUUAAGCUUGUUAGCCCGAGGCAACACACUACAACCUUCUGUUGUAUCAAAACCAAAAAUACCACGUUCAGCAAUGUAAUAAUGCUACUCUGUGUCUCUAAAGUUGGUGCACAGCCACCUUUUCAGUUCGAGGAGAGGAGGGAAUUAUAUUUGUAUCUGUGUCUCUGUGUGGUGUUGUCAUGCCUCAAGUUGGUUUAAUUUUUGGGGGUUUUGUUGUGGGGCAUCAAGGGAGGGAGGGUGGGUGGAGUGAGGACUGUCCUAUCACAGCUAUAUUUUGAUUGUGAGCAUAUCAGUUAUGCCCUUUAACCCUUCCCUUUACACCUGAAAACCACAAUGUGUUUAUAGUUAUACGGCCGAUUGGGCAAGGGCUUCUCUCUCUCCUCUUUUACCAAAAAAAGAGGCAGCACUGGGGGUAGUAAAACUCGUGUUUAAGACAAACCUGCAAUGUUUUUGGGGAUUUUCAUUCUUUGGAACUAUUUUAUACAUUAACUUUUAUGUGAUUAACAAAGCAUUUUGAAAGUAAGGUAAAGCCUUAUGCAGAUUUCAGUGUCAGUCAAGACUUUGUUGAAUUAUGUUACAGAACAAAAACUUGAGCUUGGUCGCGUGUUAAAUCCCCCAUCUGAUUAUUCUUUUGUUACUCAUCGCGGUUCAUACGACUGUAUCUUAUGAAUAACGGUAUCGCCACACCAAAUUAUCAUGCCCCCCCUUUUUCUACCUGUUGUAAUGGAUGUCACUGUACAGUUUGUGUAAUGUUUCAGUAUUUUUUUCUUUCUUUUAUAAACUUUGAUGUUCGGUUGAGAUGCCAGUUUUAUUUGGCCUUUGUGUCACAGGAUUCACGAUAACUAUCAAUUUUGAAUAUUAUUUAGGUCUUUUGUUACAUAGCCGGGUGGCAAUGUAGGGUUUACAGGUGCAACAUUUGGUGCUGUGGAAAGCCGAUUACAUCGAUGAAGGUUCUCCAAUGGACAAUGUUAGGUGUUCUCUGCCGUAAAGCCUCAUGGGUAACCUUUCAGUUUCAAACUUCUCCACAAUUCUCUGAAUAUUGACCCAUCCGUUUGUCAUUUCAUUCUAAAUCUAUUUAGUUUUAACAAAAAAGGUAUCAAAUAGUUUUAUCAAAGUUUGGGUUUACGGAGUUACAAAAGCUUUAAUAGUUACAUGGAGGGUCAUUCAUUUGUGCUCCAGAGGCUUUGAACUUAUCCCACAUCACAUCUUAAUGUCAAUGUGCAGAUGUGGCCUGUUUUGUGGACAUCUUUUCCCAGAAACAAAUUUAUAAUGCUUAUAUAUUGUAAGAAUAUGCAAGCAUUAUAUUUGCUUACAACUGAGAGUAAAGUAAUACUGACUGAGGGAUUCGGCUAACGUCGACAUCAUUUCAAAUUGUUAAAAGUUUUUGUGUCACCGUGAAUCCAGAGGCAGACCGUCACUGUAAAGCAGAGGGUUUACAAUUUGCCCUUUUCAUGUCAACUCACCUCAAACAUGAGAACAGCAAAUACAUUUAUGAGUCAGACUUCACGGUAAACAUCAUGUGGUCUCCUGAAUCUGCAAAUCUACAACAGUUAAAUUUUUACGGUCAAUCAUGUUUAAAUCUCCUUUAGAUUCUGAAAAUGUCUAAAUGAAUUCCACAGUGCCAAAUGGCCUCGUAAACCUUUUUGUUUCUUUGUUUUUAUUAGUAUAUUUGUAUCUCCCCUCUUUCCCUUGUAUUUACCCCUCUCUCUACCUCUGUCUUUCCAUUUCUCUUGUAUAUAACCCCCACUGUUUUCAGACUUGUGAGUCUGUAUGAACUCCUUUUAUACCUCAACUUUAGAAUUGUUCUAGAAAGAGUAAAACAAAAAGGAAGAAUAUGACAAAUUGUAGUGUUCUUAUUAGAAAAUUAAUAAAAUGAUUUAGUGUGAUUUUUCAGUAUUUCAUUUCAGAUUUUAGGAGUGUUUCAUUUUAUAAUUUGUCACAAAUGCUCUUGUGAUAGUCAAAUGUAAUAAAAGGAGAGAUUGCACCAUU